AUGAAAGGCUCUGGCCCCUUGUCGCUCUUCUCGACCCUCCUCCUGUUCUGUAUCGCCUUCUCGUCGGCCUGGCCAUGGCCGGGGUCUUUUGGCAAACAUGAGAUUGAAGCCCUGGUGGUGCGGCGAGAAGAGCCAAAAAAGACGGACUCGGCCUCUGCCACAGAUGAUGCGGCAGCCUCGACGGCAGCUGCUUCAGCAUCAGGAAGUGCGGCGUCUGCAUCCGCCUCUGCAUCUGCCUCGGCCUCAGCCUCAGCGUCUGCAUCCGCAUCAGGGUCCGCAUCAGCUUCGGAGUCGGGGAAAACCAGUGCCUCGAAAUCCAAGAGCAAGACAAAGACCACCAGCAGUAAAACAACCGCCAUCGACCCUCGUCUCCCUCCAGGCGGGAUCUCUAUGAUCACGCCUGCGCCAAUCGAUGGUGUCCAGUACUAUAAAGUCGGGGACUAUGUCACAUUCAAAUGGAAUUACACAUCCCUUUCCGUCACUCCGUCGGCGAUCGAUGUUCUGGCGUCUUGUGCCAUCAAUUCCGCUACAUAUACUAUUGCAUCGAACAUGUCGGUGGAAGAGACGGGAGCCGUGACUUGGGAUACUGGCGAGUUUCAAUCAACAGCCACCGACCCCUUUCCGGUGGCGAGUUACACUUUGAUUAUUCAUGAUGCGUCCAAAGACGUGACCGAUGUGCCGUCUGCAGGAUAUUUAGGCGCAUAUCAGCAAUAUGUUUUUGGAAUGUAUACAGGGCAACCGUACCAACCCCUGAACGAGUUCAAAUGUGCGACCUGUAACGGAGCGCUCUCGAUGCACGAAAAACAAGCCGUCGGUGUUUUGUUGAUGACUGCAGCAAUCACGGUCAUGUCUUUUACGUGGUUUGCCACUGGAUUUGGCGUCUUUUCAUGA